GGCCACACCCAAUACGUUAGUUCAGGGGCGGAGGUCGGAUGGCGCUGCAGCCAGUGCUAGUAAUCGUCCUCUGCGGCAAACGAAAGUCGGGGAAGGAUCACGUGGCAGAGAGACUCAAGCUGAUGUAAGUUGUCUAGCUACACAGCUCGCGCAGAUGCCGAAUGACGUGGCUUGGUACAGGCUAAAAGACGUUCUGGCGGUUCUGCAGCUUUCAAAACCUCUAAAGGAACAGUACGCAAAAGUACGUGAUGGCGGCUGGUUGUCACGUGAUCAUCACGUGCCUUGGCUGCGCACAGGAGCACGGUCUGGAUGCGGAACGGCUCCUGGACUCCUCCAGCUACAAGGAGACGUACAGGAGGGACAUGAUUCGAUGGGGGGAGGAGAGGCGAGACCGUGACCCCGCCCACUUUUGUCGGCUAGCAACAGCAGAAGCGGACAAGCCAGUUUGGCUGGUUUGCGAUGCUCGUCGGCCGACAGACAUGGACUACUUCACUUCGCACUACCCGACACUUACAGUGAAGGUGUGUGCUAGUGAGGAUGUGAGGAAGGAGAGGGGGUGGGUGUGGACAGACGGUGUGGACAACGCCCCCUCCGAGUGCGCCCUCGACGACUACUCCUGCCAGAUGUUGCUUAGCAACAACGGCGACAAUGUAAUGUUGACUCAGCAAUUAGAACAAAUAUGCGAUUUAGCGUUUAGUAAACUGAAAUUGUAAAAUAUAA